UUUGAUUUGUUGAUAUUUUUCGAUGGAAGUCGCUUUUCUUUAUUUAACAAUGAAUUGUUUAAAGGAUUACUAUCGACAUGUGCAGCUGUAACAAUAAGAAGGAAACAAAGAAACUGAAACGCAGGGUUACGUGGGAUGUGGACGAGUGCUCGCGGAAUAUGCAUGAUUGCCCUAUGAACAAGACGUGUGUAAACACCGUCGGCGGUUACACUUGCCAGCAGUACGCAAAAGCUCCGGUCGCCUCCGAAAAGAGGGAGGUGCGCUGCCCCGACGGGUUCCAGUACAACGCUGCUUCGCAAGUCUGUGAUGAUAUCGACGAAUGUCGUUUGAAGAUUGUGAAAUGUGCAAAUUGUCACAAUACUAUUGGAUCGUAUACGUGUGUUGAAGAAGGGCCUACAGCUCUUUGCCCAAAGGGAUACAAAUAUAAUGAAAUUCACCUCACAUGUAUAGAUGUCGAUGAAUGUGCAGAAAAUAUAGAUGAUUGCAAUAGACAAUCUCAAUUUUGUCUAAAUACGCUGGGUAGUUUUAAAUGCCAAAACAAAGCAUCAAAAAAUAGUUGUCCUGCAGGAUUUAAGAUCAACUCCGAAUUAGGCACUUGUGAAGAUAUUAAUGAAUGUUUGGUCGAAAUUAAUGAUGCCGGAAUCUGCGCUGACAAUGAAAUAUGCAUCAAUGAACCUGGACAAUAUCGCUGUGUCACAUAUCAAGGACCUCAACAGGAAUCCCUUUCAGCUCGAAUACCUGAAAACGAGAUUCCGCAUCAUUACGAUUCGACGCAAGAUUUUAUCUCUCCUAUCAAAGUUUCAACUGUUGCAACCGAAGAACUAUCAUCUACCCAACCGUCGAUGUUCACUCAGUCGAACCAAACUGUUGAAGCUACCUCUGAGAAGUCAACCCAGCCGAACAGCGCUCCCACGCCGAGCACUCAGCAGACGGCCCCGAUGUACGUUCCGACGGCGGUUACUAGCACGACCAGCACAACAACCCCGAAAAGCGUCGGAAUUACGUGUAAAGCGGGCUACAGAAAGCAUCCGUUAAGUAAUGCCUGUCUAGACAUCAACGAGUGCAGUGAGCGCAAGCACACAUGCGAUAGUACACAGGACUGUAUCAAUUUGCCAGGCUCCUACGCCUGUCAGUGCAAAACUGGUUACACGCUCGAUCACGUAACACAAGGCUGUGUUGAUAUCAAUGAAUGCCUAACUAGACGGCACGCCUGCCUCGAGUCUCAGCGCUGUGAUAACACAAUCGGUUCUUAUCAGUGCAUCCGAUACAUCAACUGCGGCACCGGUUACACGCUCAACGCGGCUACCGGAGGCUGCGAAGAUGACGAUGAAUGCGCACUCGGACUGCAUGAUUGUCACAGGCUGGGACCACAGUACCGAUGCAGAAACAUUCAGGGUUCCUAUCGAUGUGAGCGUAAAAGGCCGACUGUUCCUCCGACAUUGCGGCCACCUGCUCCGGUUCGUAAUCCAGCAACGUUGAAGGCGGCUAACGAUAUGCCGCAGCCACAGGCGUCUUAUCAGCAACAAACGGCGGCUCCUUCUUACGUUCCACAGUACGUGCCUCCACAAAGACCUCGAUGUCCGGCAGGCUAUGAAAGAUCUCGCGAUAUUUGUGUCGAUAUAAACGAAUGUGAGAGGAAAAAUGUGUGUUCUCGAAUUCAACAUUGCGUCAACACUAUGGGCUCCUAUAAUUGCGUCAACAAUAUUAAAUGCCGUCAUGGUUUCAAACUAAAUGAGGAUAACCAAUGCCAAGAUAUUGAUGAGUGUUCAGAGGGUUUACACGAGUGCACUGCAGGGCAGCUGUGUAAAAAUAGAGCAGGUUCAUAUGUUUGUCACUGUCCUCCCGGGCAUUAUAUGACUAAGGAUAAAAAAUGUGAAGACAUUAAUGAAUGUGAGAAAUAUGGUUCACGGAUAUGUCACAAAGCAGUAUGUCGGAACACGAUCGGUUCCUACCGCUGCGAUUGUAAGGCCGGCUAUAGGUCUCGGGAGGAUGGUCAGCGGUGCGUAGAUAUCGACGAAUGUCAAGAAACGCCUGGACUUUGUCAACAUAGAUGUCACAAUCUUUGGGGUGGAUAUCGGUGUUCCUGUCAAGCUGGUUUCAAAUUACACACUAACAACAGGUCUUGCGUGGAUAUAGAUGAAUGUGAAGAAUUCAAAGAUCGUUAUUUAUGCAUAGGUAUUUGCAAAAACACUCCUGGAUCAUAUGAAUGCCAAUGUCCUAAUGGGUAUAAAUUAGGACCAGAUGGAAGGACAUGCCAAGAUAUAGACGAGUGCACCUUAGAGCAGCCAUGUGACGCCAACAGUCUUUGCAUUAACACGCGCGGUUCGUACCAGUGCUACAAUAUUCAGUGUCCGCCUAACUAUCUCAAAGACCGCAAAAACACCUGCAAAAAGGCCAGUGAUUAUUGUCACGUCGGAGACGAUGAAUGCAUUAAUGCGCCGUGGACAUAUUCUUACAAUUUCAUCAACUUUGUGUCCCGAUUGCCGAUACCGCGAGACAAGGGACAUUUUGAAUUGUUUGAAAUAAGAACAAUGUCUAACGAUAUCACGUACGAGCUUGUGCACGUCAGCGCUCCAGAAGGCGUCGUAGCUGCUACAAAGGAUACGUUUAGUUUGCGUCUGCUAGAACCAAAUGUAGCUAUCAUAUCGCUGGUGGAACCAGUAAUAGGCCCACAAGAAAUAGAACUUGAGAUUACAAUUAAGUAUUAUAGCAAAGCAAUCUACCAAGGAAGUAAAGUAUCUAGAUUAUUUAUAUAUGUCAGCCAGUAUGAAUUUUAA